AUGUCCUCGGCAUUUGUGGUAGGUAUGCCGGGUUGCCAGUCUGCUGUUGACGAAACCACUCCGGUCAAGGGCGCGUUUCUAACCGUUGAUGCCGAUUGUCGCCGCGCCCCUUACCUGUACCGUUCGUCCGCCUGCCAGUCGGUCGGGAGAUUUCACGCUAACUCAGUGAACAUCAACACCUCAAACGCAAAUUGGGGCCUCAAGAUCCCUUAUCUCGCGGCCCCUUCCGGUCGAGAGGUGGAAAAUAGUUUCUCAAUAGAUAGUCGAGAGGCAUCUCACCGUACACCGCGUCUUUUUUGUCUUUCCCACGCCGAGGAAACCGGGAUGAACGUCACAGUCACUGAUCUAUCUAUCUAUCUAUCUAUCUAUCUAUCUAUCUAUCUAAAGAUCUUCAUUAACUAUAUAUCUAAGUUCUCCAUAUAUAUUUCUGUAUCUCUCUCUUUAUCUCUCUUUAUCUCAAGUUCUUCAUUUCUAUCUAUCUAUCUAUCUAUCUAUCUAUCUAUCUAUCUAUCUAAUUUUGUUGUGUUUUGUUUCUGUCUAUCUAUCUAUCUAUCUAAUUUUGUUGUGUUUUGUUUCUAUCUAUCUAUCUAUCUAUCUAUCUAUCUAUCUAAUUUUGUUGUGUUUUGUUUCUGUCUAUCUAUCUAUCUAUCUAAUUUUGUUGUGUUUUGUUUCUUUCUUUCUAUCUAUCUAUCUAUCAUUCAUUCUUUUCUUUAUCUAUCUAUCUAUCUAUCUAUCUAUGAUUCAUAUAUUUUAUUUUUUCAGUCGAACUAA